CAGCACUGCUUUUUUCGUUGUUGUCAAAAUACAACAUUUGGUAAAGUAAAAAAGAAUGAUACAUACACCAAAAUGGACGGAGCGCAACAAAAUAAAAAAAAGGCCAGAACAACAAAAGCGCAGCUGAAAUGGUAUGUUGAAUUCAUACAAAGUAUUCGAAAGAUACUAAGCGGGAAGAACACACCAUAUGAUCCUCAAGUUCAGAAAAGAUUGUGGGACGAAAUAGCCCUGAAUUUAAAUUCAUUUUAUGGGCCGAAUACAACUGCCACAAAAUGGAAAGAGUCUUUAAGCAACUGGAAGAAGCAGCUCCACGCUCGGGCUCGAAAGCUAAAAGCAGAACGCUUGCGCGGAGGUUCGUUUUCAGGCGAAGAGUUAUCAGAGUUCGAGGAACAAGCUAUUUCUGCAUUUGGCAUGGGCGCAGUCAAUGGAUUGGAGUGCGUAACCUUGGGUCUUCCUGGCACAUUUACAACUCCUGCGACUCAAUCACCACUAGUGUUUGUCUAGAAGACAUUUUAGUUAGUAGUAUUAAGAUUUAUGUAAAUAU